AUGGCAGGCCCGCCGUCACUGAGCAGCGCCGUGCUGCGCGCCAUAGCCAAGAGCGAAAGCCUCGACCCCACGCCGUCGGCGCUGCCGCCGGAAAGUAACGAGGCACCUGACGUGCCGUUAACUCCAAAACGCACGUCCGUCUACAUUCGACGACUCUUAGGUCUCGGAAGCACAUCAUCGAGCCGCGCUGUUUCUUCCACGUCGAAAUGGGAGGACAUUAGCGACUCGGACACCGUCUCUUCCAAACACUCCGCCUCAACCGCCGCGAUCAACGGCCGCGAUCAUGCCACGUCGACUUCUGCGGGACUUGCUAGAGGCUCAGCUGCCGCCGCCGCCGCCGCCGCUGCCGCUGCUGUCGCAGCAGCAGGGGGGCCUAGCGGGCUUAAGGGGAGGUCGCGGCGGGAGCGCAGCGUCUCCCCCGUUCCGCAAGGAAGCCGCCUAUUCGCGCCCACCCAGGCUUCUAUGGCAAAGGCGCGCGCCGCCGAUAGAGUCAGCGCCGCCGCCGCCGCCACCGCCGCAAUGGGCGCCGGAAAGAAGGUGUACGAUGGCGGUGCCGCAGCCACCGCUGCUUCUGCUGCCGCCGCUGCCGCAGCCGCCGCUGUCGGCGCCGCCGCGACGGGCGGGAACUCCAGCCGCGUUGUCCCGAGCAGCUUGCUAGGGCUGGACGGCAAGUCGACUGACGAACUGCUGACGGUUAUGCCGGCGGAGUUGACGUCCGUGAAGGCGCAAGCGCUGUCAGGCGGGAAAAGUCGCGGCAGCCGCGGGGACAAUGCGGGUAACUCCGCGGCAGGCGGAGCAGGCGCAGCAGCAGGCAGCGUUUCCGCCAUCCCCACCCGUUCGCUCUCGACCGGUUCGGUUUCUACCGCCAUCAAUGCGGGAAGCGCGGGGAAAGGGGGAAAGGACGGCGCUUCCGCUUCCGCUUCCGCCAGUCGUCGCGGAAGAUCGACCGGACCAGCUGACCGGGAAGACAGUAGAGCAAGCGCAGGCGGAGGCGCAGGCGCAAACCCGCGCGGCCUCCGCGCGCCCGUCCCGAGCGGAAAGGAGCGCUUCCUCCCGCACCGCUCCCCCACCCACCCUCCGUCCUCUGUGCCUUCCGCGCUUUCCCCCCAGUCGCGCUUUGCGCACGCGGAAGAAAGCCGCACCCCCGGCGGUUCGGGGAAGCUCUACGGGUUCUCCCCGCCCCUGGGAUCUUCCGCCAGUCUGCGCGCGGAAGCGGAUGUCCGCGGAGGAGCUGGCGCCAUCGGCGGAAGCGGAAGCGGGGGAGGGAAGCGUCCGGGGAGCGGAAUCGGAAGCUACGCCUUACUCACCACGUCGAGCUCUCUCGAACUGCCUUCCGGUGGCGCGAAACCCGCCGGCAAUCGCGGCAGACCGGCGGAUAGAAUCGAUGGCGCUGACGUGUCGUCGCCCGACAUGAUUGCUGCGAUUGGCUCGCCUGCACGGAGCGCGGCUACGGCCGCCAAAGCGCGGCUGUCCGCAAAAGGUGGCGGUGGGAGUGGCGGAAACCGGAUCGGCGCGGGCGCGGACGACAAACCCGCGGAGAUGUUUUCCCCCGCGCUGUCGCAGGCGCAGGUGCUCGCGCAAGCGCAAGCUCCGCUUCCGCACCUCCUUCCUCCGGCCCUGCAGGCAUCCGCGGGCGACGGCUCCGCUUCCCCCUACUCCGCCACCUCCUCCUGUUCCGCUUCCGGAACUUAUUCCUCCGCCGCCCUCUCCCCCUCCUACUCGCUCGCUGCUGCUUCCGCCGCUGCUGUUGCUGCCGCGGCGGGGACCGGCGGAGCAAUGGGGGGAGGCGGAAGAGGCGGCGGGGGAGUGGGGGGAGCGGGUGGCGGAGGAGCGGUUGGGAUGACCAGCGGGAGCAUGGAGCUAGAAUUAGCAUCUUUAACCCGAGUGCUUUCUUCUGCUUCUUCUGUUGGUGCUGGCGCUGGUGGGAGUGGUGCGGGGUAUUGUAAUGGCAGUGUGAGUGGCAAUGCGGCGAGCCGGCAAAUUCUAGAGGUGGAGGAGGAGGAGGAGGAUGAUGGGCCGCUGCAAUUCGGAUGGCCGCUUAAAUCGCUGGACUGGAAGCAGCAGCAGGAAGAUAUGGCUGAGGAGGAGGGGAAAGCGGAGGAGGAAGAAGAGGAGGAGGAUGAGGAGGAUGAGGAGGAUGAGGAGGAGGGGAGCGAGGGGGAGCAAGCGGGUGGGGAGGGUGCUGCGAGUGUGCUGAGCAGAGGAGAGGGCGAGAGGAGUAUGAGUGAGCGCAAGGAGAGAGUGUGGCUCAGUGGGGAGUUGCAAAUCGGCGUUGCCAGCCCACUGCUGUCUCGCACUGUAAGCGGAGCAGGGGAGGAGGUAUCGGCAGAAGAAGAGGAAGAGGAGGAAGCGGAGGAAGAGGAUGAGGAUGAUGAAGAGGAAGAGGAGGAAGCGGAGGAAGAGGAUGAGGAUGAUGAAGAGGAAGAGGAAGGUGAGGAGGACGAGGAGGAAGGAGAGGAAGAGGAGGAGGCGAGUGCGCUGGUGAAGCCUAGGCAGGGGUCUGUGAGCAAGCUCUCGGAGCAUUCGGUUGGGGCUGUGAAGGGGAAGGGGGCGGCAGUGCAAGGAGCAGCAGGAGCAGCAGCAGCGCUGCUGGAUGCAGUGGUGCCGGGCGGCAAGUCAUGGCUCAUGCUGGGGAAGCUCGCAGGUGGGGGUGAGAAUGCCGGUAGUGCUGGCAGAGCUGCUGCCACUGCUGCUGCUGGUGCCACCAUCUUUGAGCAACUAGAGCUCGGAAUCACCCUCUCAUGCCCCUCACCUGCCCCACCUCCUGGAGUCCGUCCAGACGACCCAGCCUGGAUUGCCGCAGACCAGGCAAGGCGGCAGGAGGAGCGACGUCAGCGCCGGCUUCUCUUUGAUGCAGUCAACGAGGCGUUGGGAAGGAGGCUCGGGCCGUUCCUGGAGGCGUCCCUGUGGCUGGCGGCGGUGCAGCAGGUGCCGCUGGUUCGGCCCAGGCCCGAGGGGCAGGCUCUGCUGCUGGAGGUUUGGGAGGAGGUUCACGACUGGCCGGUUCCUGCUUCGGACGAGGUUUAUGAUAUUCUGGACGAUGCUGCGAGGAGGGAUAUGGCCCGGGGGCUGGAUAAAUGGGCGGAUACGAGUGCUGAGGCUCUAAUGUCAGUGUUUUCGCUUGAAGAGAUGGUGAUGGAGCAGCUUUUGGAGGAGAUUAUGGGGGAUUUUUCUCAGGUGGAGAAGGCACGGAGGGGGAAGAGAGGCGUGAUGAUGAUGGGACCGGCGUGGAGGCAUGGGAGGGGCAUGGGAGGGGUUAUGGGUGGUGGUGGUGGCAGUGGGAGUGGUGGUUCGGGGAGUGGUGGUGGUGGGGGUAGUGGUGGUGGGAGUGGGAGUGGCGGUGGUGGUGGGUUUAUCCCGGAUGCCAACUCCUUGAUUGCAAUGAAGGGCUUGCGGUGGCUCGGCCGGCGAUCGCUAUAA